CUAUAUCUAGUCUGCCUGGACCCGACAUUCACUAUAUCUGUCUCCCCGGACCCUGCAUUCACUAUAUCUGUCUCCCCAGACCCUGCAUUCACUAUAUCUGUCUCCCCAGACCCUGCAUUCACUAUAUCUGUCUCCCCGGACCCUGCAUUCACUAUAUCUGCUCUCCCCGGACCCUGCAUUCACUAUAUCUGGUCUCCCCGGACCCUGCAUUCACUAUAUCUGGUCUCCCCGGACCCUGCAUUCGCUAUAUCCGCUCUCCCCGGACCCUGCAUUCACUAUAUCCGGUCUCCCCGGACCCUGCAUUCGCUAUAUCCGGUCUCCCUGGACCCUGCAUUCACUAUAUCUGGUCUCCCUGGACCCUGCAAUCACUAUAUCUGGUCUCCCUGGACCCUGCAUUCACUAUAUCUGGUCUCCCUGGACCCUGCAAUCACUAUAUCUGGACCCUGCAUUCACUAUAUCUGGUCUCCCUGGACCCUGCAAUCACUAUAUCUGGUCUCCCUGGACCCUGCAUUCACUAUAUCCGCUCUCCCCGGACCCUGCAUUCACUAUAUCCGGUCUCCCCGGACCCUGCAUUCACUAUAUCCGCUCUCCCCGGACCCUGCAUUCACUAUAUCCGCUCUCCCUGGACCCUGCAUUCACUAUAUCUGGUCUCCCUGGACCCUGCAUUCACUAUAUCCGGUCUCC